ACAUUGCAGUCAUAUAAAUCAGAUUUUGACGUGUUAUAAAAUGCAAGUCACAGCUGCUGUAGUCUGCAGUGUUCAAAAACUUUUGAAACACUGCAUGUCCAACUAAAUUUAUUUUUUGUGUGAAUGUGCUGUUUUUCAACCCUAAUGUUUUGAUCAAGAAUGAAGCUAUUUAAAAAUUAAGAUGUCAACAGCUCACGAAGAGCCCUGUGGUCCCAGCCACAGGUCAUUUUGCCUGAAUGGGGGGAUUUGUUAUGUGAUACCUACUAUUUCCAGCCCAUUUUGUAGGUGCAUUGAAAAUUAUACAGGAGCUCGUUGUGAAGAGGUUUUUCUCCCAAGCUUCAGCAUCCAAACUAAGAGUAACCUGUUUGCAGCUUUUGUGGCACUGGCUGUUCUUCUAGUAACACUUAUCAUUGGAACCCUCUACUUCCUUUGCAGGAAGGACCACCCUCAGAGGGCCAAUUCAGUCCCGUAUGAUAUCAGCCUGGUAGAGACAAGCAGUACUAGUGCCGAACACAGUCAUGGAGAACACUGAAGAAACUUCAAAGUGAAUCAAAUCAUUUCUUUUAUUUUACAAAGGCAGAAAAUGAAACACCAUAAGGUAAAAGAAAUUCAAAAUUUAAUCCUUCUCUACCUAAAUAAAAGACUUGUAUAAGUUGUCAUAUCACAGAACC